UUCAUAAGAAUAUGCACAAAUCAGAGUAAGUAUUGUAUAAAACACACUGUUUUUCCACAAACUUUCUAAUUAUUAUGCUAUCUAAUUUAACAGUAUAGAUAGAUUAAAAUAAAUGAUCAACACCUACUGUAUUUUAAAGAUUAAGAGGUUAACUGCAUUUUCCUUUAGGAAAAGCUACAGCAAAUAUUAAUUCUUGGGGUGCCAAAAAUUUUGUAUCACUCGCUGUUCCUUGUUUUUUUUCCGUUUUACUCAUCACACAGGAAGGAUAGAACAAUGUGAGUGUUCAAAGCUAUUGCACUAGUCAUGAAAUAGAGAUGCAGUGGAUGCACCACUGAUGCCCAUAAAUGGCUUCCCAAAUCACAUUAGAACAAAAGGCAGCAGUUCCAGUGGGGGCAGAAUGGACCAAUCACGUGUUUGGGUUAAAUGAUUUGAGAGAAAACAUUUUCUAGAACAAAAGUGGAACUAAAGAUGCACAAUAGGGAGAUUAAAGGUUUAAUGUUUGUACAAUAUCAUGUCAGAGAAUAGUGCAUGGUACACUGGUACGUUCCAGAGCUGAACAUACAGUAACAUAGAAGCAAAAAGAGUGGUGAGAUCACUCAGGGUCUGUGUACAGUAUGUGUGUAGAACACAACAGCUACUGAGGCAGUAGAAGAAAGUCACACAUUUUGAGCCUCCUUACAGCAUCAAACUGGGGAACUUUAUUAAGCAGGAUCGAAUGCCAGCCCCCUCAACCCUUCACAACUUACUUGGCCAUUUUUUCAACCAACGCUUCCAGUCUUCAGCGGGCAAUCAGCAUACGAUGAAUCCUCCGCACCCCUUGCCGCAGGCGGUGCCGGUCUCACUGGGAAAGAACCUGAGAGAUCUUGCAUACGGCUUUGGGCACGGGAAGAACAAGCUAGGAAGGAACUUCUCCUACGGGGUCAUCCAAUCUCUGAAAGAGUGUCUUUACUUCCUGCUCUGCUGCUGGUGCAUAAAAGAGAUCCUGGACUGAACCAAAAGAAAAGAGAAUCCAAGAUGAUGUGAGGAAAAAUGUCCCCAGAGACCCAACAACUGAUUCAUCAUAGCUGUGACUACAGAGGCCAAUGACCAUGACAUAAAGACACACGUGCUGUGUGUAGCUUCAAAUGCAAUAAAGCCACCACCCAGAGAGGGUGAAGGCUACCAUGCUUUCUCUCAGACAACCAGCCAAAUGCAUCACAGGGCAGCAAAUCAUACUCCGAGGAUUGUGCUAUCUACCCUCUUCUGCAUACAUGAGCUUACAGAGGCUUGUGAUCGGCUAGUGUUGCUGUGAUUCCCGGAAGACAGGCCGUAUGCCGUUCCUCCUAAACAGAUAUACACCCACUUUCUCUUAGCUCCUAGUCACAGAUGGCUUUUAUCAUUGGAAUUUUAUCUUCCUAUCACUUGAUGAUAGCAUUAUGUUUGAAAAAAAUAAUAAAAAAGC